GGGCUGAUGUUAUCAAUUUUGAUGGCAACGUUGUGUUACCAUAUAGAUUCAGAAACAAGAAGAUGAAAACACUGAAAGAUGUCAUUGCCUUGAAAUUUAAAACCUCUGAAAGUGAAGGAGUGAUCUUGCAUGGGGAAGGACAGCAAGGGGAUUACAUUACCCUGGAACUGAAAAAAGCCAAGUUGGUCUUCAGCUUAAACCUAGGAAGCAAUCAGCUUGGCCCCAUCUAUGGCCACACGUCCGUGAUGACUGGAAGUCUGCUGGAUGACCACCACUGGCACUCUGUGGUCAUUGAGCGCCAGGGCCGGAGCAUUAACCUCACCCUGGACAGGGGCAUGCAGCACUUCCGCACCAACGGAGAGUUCGACUACCUGGACCUGGACUAUGAGAUAACCUUCGGAGGCAUACCUUUCUCUGGGAAGCCAAGUUCCAGCAGUAGAAAGAACUUCAAAGGCUGUAUGGAAAGCAUUAAUUAUAAUGGUAUCAACAUAACUGAUCUUGCGAGAAGGAAGAAACUAGAGCCCUCAAAUGUGGGAAAUUUGAGUUUCUCGUGUGUGGAGCCCUACACAGUGCCUGUCUUUUUCAAUGCUACCAGUUACCUGGAGGUGCCAGGACGGCCUAACCAGGACCUGUUUUCAGUCAGUUUCCAGUUCAGGACUUGGAAUCCAAACGGUCUCCUGCUUUUCAGUCAGUUUGCAGAUAAUUUGGGCAAUGUGGAAAUUGACCUCACUGAAAGCAAAGUUGGUGUUCACAUCAACGUCACGCAGACCAAGAUGAGCCAAAUAGAUAUUUCCUCAGGUUCUGGGUUGAAUGACGGACAGUGGCAUGAGGUUCGUUUCCUGGCUAAGGAAAAUUUUGCCAUUCUCACCAUCGAUGGAGACGAGGCUUCAGCUGUUCGAACUAAUAGUCCUCUUCAAGUUAAAACUGGCGAGAAGUACUUUUUUGGAGGUUUUCUGAACCAGAUGAAUAACUCCAGUCACUCUGUCCUUCAGCCUUCAUUCCAAGGAUGCAUGCAGCUCAUUCAAGUGGAUGACCAACUGGUAAAUUUAUAUGAAGUGGCACAGAGGAGGCCAGGGAGUUUUGCGAAUGUCAGCAUCGACAUGUGCGCCAUUAUAGACAG